AUGUUAAAAGCUUCUCCAUUAAUGAAAUCCAAAUCAACAGAUUUAAUGGAAUCAGGAUCAGGAGCAGGAUCUUCUGGAUCUAAAGUGGGGGAAGUGGAUACACCAGACAAAUCAAUACCCACUAAUAAUACCAAUAGUAAUAUUGACCCUAUUACUACUAUCACUCCCAAUACCACCACAAAUACUACCUUGAAUUCUGGAAAUGGCUUUAGCUUUACCAAACAAGAACAAGACAAUGUUUAUAAGCAAGGUUCUCGUUUGUCGAUAUCACCAUUUCUCUUUGCACAGAACAGACAGGAUCUGUUGGGAAGUAUAUUGAAUACCUUCACAGAUACAAAUACUGCUCCGAUUACUGCUGGCUCAGCUUCAAAAAUGGAUCCGCCUAGAAAACUGUUUGACGGAAACUAUCCUUAUGCUCGUAAUUCUAUCUCCAAUUACCUAUAUUAUGAUAACGGAAACUCCAGAGGUUCUAUAUUUUUACCUCCAAUAAGUCAACCGGCCGGCUCCGGAAACACGAGUGGCAUUGCUGGCAAUGCAAAUGGCUCAAACCCAGUUAAUUCUAGAUCCAAUUCGAUCUUUAGUUCAUUAAUUCAAAUACCCGGUUCAGCGUCUGGCUCUAUAAGUGGUGCAAGUUCCGCAGUGAAUACUGCUGCGAGUAAGUCCUCGACUUCUGGAUCUACAAUUUCUCAGCAAAAACCAUUGCCCAUUCAUGAAAAUCCAAAUCAACAACAACUUGGAACUCCAGGACAACCUCCUAUAGAUGUUUCUUUGGAAGACUUGGAAUAUCUUUUGAACAAUCGAGAAAGUUUAUCAGGACUAUUUUCUUUCCAGUCCCCGGAUAGAUCGAACUCUAUGGACGGUUCAUUUUGGGAUAACAUACAACUACCACAGCAGCAGCCACAAUCACAAUCAAAUCAUCCUCAUCAACAAGCUCAAAACCAGCAAAAUCCAAUUCAACAGCAGUUCAAUCAACAACAGAGUUCCAACAGUGCUAGACCUUCCUCAGGUUCUUCUUUGGGGGAUAUACUUGCCUUUUUGACUCAAGGAGGUGUCGAUUAUAAUGGUAUGACAGAAGAACAGAGAAGAGACCUGAUUUUAAGAAUCAUGAAUGAUCCAGCCAUUAGAAAAUCAAUCUCAAUUGCCAAGCAGAUGCAACAAGGUUCUAACAACAUGUCAGGUUUAGGAGGUCAAUUCAAUCAACAACAAUAUGUUCCACAGCAGCAGAUUGUGUUAAAUAAUCCCUCUAAUCAGCAGGUGCCUCAAGUGGCAGCGAAAUUAAGGGAAGAUAUUUUUAAAAGUGACAAGCUGUCUCCAGGGAGUCGUAUGAGUGGGAGAUUUGAUGCUGGAAAAUCUUUAGAACAAGAACGAUAUUCACCAACUUCUUCUUUGUCAUCGAAAUCUGCAGGUGGACCGGGAGCUGCACUUCAACAAAUCCAACAUGCUGAUGAUUCUCACUCACCAAAGACUUCACCAAGCGGAUCAUCUGGGGUUAUCUCAGGAAGACCUUCAAUUGAUCUUUCUGGGAAUAUGUCUACCAGAUAUUUUUCACAAGCACAGCAGCAACCUCAAUCUCCAAAUUCCAACAUCUCUCGAACUUUGAAUAACCCUUACUUAUCUAAUAAUCCAUAUACUAAUCAAAGUUUUGGUUACCAACAAUUACAACUCCCGCAACAUCAGAUUCAGCCACAACAUCAAAUUGCACAUCUGAUGACACCAUUAAAUCAACAACAAGGGCAACUUGAUCAUCAACAACUUGAAAAUGCAAUGCAUCAAACUGGAGCUCAAGCCCGCUAUGGUGAAAGCCCCAAUAGUGGUACAAAUCAAUCACCUAUAUCUACCAAUAGCGAAACUGAAUCUACCAAACUGUCUAAUAAACGGCAAAAACGAUCACGGAAGAAGAAUUCGAAUUUCGCAAGAACCAAAAAUGCAUCUACUUAUUCACCUCCACUUAUCAUUGGAUCCAAUACUUCAACAGACCCCAGCUUGUUACCUGCACAGCAAAUUGCUAAACUGGAGGACGGAAGACCACUAUUAGGAGCAACGAAAAUUGAUCAAUUGAUGCUUGUGAUUCAAGCCAGAGACAAAGGAGUUACUAAUUCUAUUCAACAAGCACCUGAUGGAUCUAUUCUAACAAGUGUGGAUAAAUUGAAUUCCAUUUUGCCUGCCCCCAUGAGUCUUGUUGGUAGAGUUAUGAAAGCUCUGCUGAAGAAAGCCCAAACUGAUGAAAACGACCCUAAGAAGAAAAAGGAGAAGACUCAGAAAUGCCCCUACUGUCUUAAAAAUUUUACCCAUACAACUCACUUAGAAGUUCACAUUCGAUCUCAUAUUGGAUAUAAACCCUAUGAAUGCUCGUAUUGUCACAAGAAGUUUACACAAGGAGGUAAUUUAAGGACUCAUUUACGAUUGCAUACUGGAGAGAAACCAUUUAAGUGUGAUAUUUGUCAACGGUCAUUCUCAAGAAAGGGAAACUUGGAAGCUCACAAGUUAACCCAUGAACAUUUGAAACCUUAUGAGUGUAAAUUAGAUGGUUGUGAUAAAUUCUUCACUCAACUUGGUAAUCUCAAGUCACAUCAAAAUAAGUUUCAUUUGGAGACUCUCACUCGAUUAACCCAUAAGUUGGCUGAGUUGUCUGGGCCAGCAUUAGACAACUUGCCUCAGAGUGAAAAGGAUUUAUUGAUGUAUUUUAAAGGACUCUACAAGAAUUCUAAUAGAGGUAUUCGAGGCCGGGGCAAGAAAGUUACUGAUGAAAAUGGUAGUGGUAAUGGUACAAAUAAUAAUGGUAUGGGUAACAAUUUAUCACCUUCAUUUGUUAACCCUCAAAUGCCUUCCAGCGUUGGUAUUAAUCAAAGCCAAGGCCAAAAUCAAAAUCAGAAUCAAAAGCAAAGCCAAAGUCAACCAGUAAUGCAUUCUAUGCUUGCACCACUGCUGAAUAACGCCGUUGGAACAAAUUCAGUCGUUGGUGGUGGACAGCCACCGUUUCAACCUCGCAUAAUGCUUCCACAUAAGCAGCAGCAGCAGCAGCAACAACAACAACAACUGCAACAACAUCUACAACAACUGCAGCAACAAUCUGAGACCCAAACACAGUCUAAUCCUAGUCAACAACUGCCACUGAUGCUUGUGAUGAUGAACAAUAUGUUAGACAACACUGGUAUUUUUCAAAACUAA